AUGGAAGUUAAGUUGGAUGAAGACGUAGAUGAUGGAUCAGAGGUGGAUAUGAGUAGUGCAAUAGAUGAGUUAUGGAAAAGGUUUAAGUCACUGGAUGUUGUUGGGAAAAAGGCAUUAAAAAGUAGGGUGUUUGAACUUGCCUUCCCUACAAUGACUUCUAUGUGUCCACCACCUGAGAAAAUAAAAACUAAAGGGGGAGUCAAGAAGAAAGACAAAAAACCAAUAGGAUAUGAUGUUUAUAGAGACCCUUCUUAUCACGAGUAUGUUGAUCAAGCAUCUCAAUCUUCACAGAUGCAAUCGCAACCAUCACAAACUUCGAAGGAGUUGAAAUUAUCACAGUCUUCACAAAAGAAAUCUCAACCAUCACAAGCUUCGAAGAAGUUGAAAUUAUCACAGUCAUCUAAGCAGUUCAUCCUUCAGUUUCCUAAUCACAUUCGGUCAUAUAUUGAUGAUGUAGUUAAUGUUGUAUCAGAUGGUAAUUGUGGAUUUAGAGUCAUUGUUUCAUUGCAAGGAUUGGGUGAAGAUGGUUGGUCAAUGAUUCGUUGA